AUGGGGAAAGCUGUAUCUAAACUUUCCAAAGAUGAUUUAAAAUCACUUCGACUGGCUACAUAUUUUGACAAAAGAGAAUUACAGCAAUGGUAUAAAGGAUUCCUUAGAGACUGUCCGCUGGGACAACUAUCGGAAGAAGAGUUCUCCAAAGUAUUUAAACAAUUUUUCCCCUUUGGAGAUCCAACUGAUUAUUGUCGAUAUCUUUUCAGAGUAUUUGAUGUUGAUAAUUCUAAAUAUAUCGAUUUCAAAGAAUUUAUUAUUGCAUUAUCCAUUACGAGUCGAGGCUCAUUGGACCAGAAACUCAAUUGGAGUUUCAAACUCUAUGACUCUAGCAAGAGUGGGAAGAUCACUUAUAAGGAAGUACUUGCUGUAAUAUCGGCAAUUUAUAAAAUGAUCGGCUCAAUAGUUGCUCUUCCAGAAGAUGAAAAGACCCCAGAGGCUAGAGCAACUAAAUUCUUCACUUUGCUAGAAAAGGAUAAAAAUUCAGAUACUAUUAAUUUGGAAGAUUUUAAAAGAUUACUGAAAUUAGAUCCGUCUAUCACCAAUGCUCUUAAUACGUAUGAAGGUUUAGUAUAA